AUGUCACUUUUCAAGAACUACUUUGGCCUCGGCGGCGGCUCCAAGCCUGCUGCUCAGGAUGAAAAGACCCCUGUGAGAGCCCUCCCUGCCUCAUGGUAUACAUCUCAGGAGAUGUAUGAGCUGGAGCGCCGUGCCAUCUUCUCCAGAAAAUGGCUCCUCACCACACACAAGGCUAGAAUCCCCAACCCUGGUGACUGGGUUCGCUACGAUGUUGCCGGCUACCAAUUCAUCAUUGUCCAAGACCGAAAGGGAUCCAUCAACGCCAUGCACAACAUCUGCCGCCACCGCGCAUUCCCGGUAGUAACCAAGGAAGAGGGAAACAGCUAUGUCUUCUCCUGCAAGUAUCACGGCUGGUCCUAUGGCCUGGCCGGCAAUCUGGCCAAGGCACCCGGUUAUCAGGAGCUGGCGGGUUUCGAUAAGUCUCAAAACAAUCUUUUCCCUAUCCAUGUCCACGUCGACUGCAAUGGCUUCAUCUGGGUCAACCUGGACGCCGCCGAUAAGCCUGAGAUUGCAUGGAAUGACGACUUCCUCGGUAUCGAUGAGCAGGAGAGAUUUGAGCACUACAACUUUGAGGACUACGUAUUUGACCACCACUGGGAGAUGGAGGGCGAGUGGAACUGGAAGAUUCUCGCCGACAACUACAACGAGUGCUACCACUGCCCGACUGCUCACCCUGAUAUUCCCUCCAUCGCCGACCUCAACUCCUACUUUGUCAACACUCAAAACGCAUACAUCCAGCACUUUGGCCAGCCCACCCCGGAGCAGAUUGCAAAGGGCUUCCGCGUCGCUGCUACCUACUUCUGGCCCAACGCCUCCAUGAACGUCUCACCACACUUCUUCUUCAUUCAACGCUUCGUUCCUGACGGCCCCUCAAAGUCCCAAAUGCGCUACGAGGUCUACCGCAACAAGAACUCCAGCGAUGAGGACUUUAACGUCAUCAGUGACAUGUACAAGCGCAUCAUGUCCGAGGACAAGUACCUCUGCGCCAACGCCCAGAAGAACAUCAACGCCGGCAUCUUUGUCAACGGCGAGCUCCACCCGGAAUUGGAAAAGGGCCCCCUCUUCUUCCAGAAGACGGUGCGCGAGAUCGUCACCGAGCACUGGAAGAAGGAGCAACAGUCCGGCAGCGAGAUCUGGCCGGCGCAGCAGCAGGUGCCCAAGACGGCUACGGCGAGCCAGAGCGAUUCACAGCUUUGCGCCGCGAUCGACUGCUGUAGCAGGGGCAAGGGCAGGAUGGAUGAUAACAAGAAAAUGUGUCUUGAUGAGGCGAUUGCGUUCUGA